CUCUGUGGGAUUUUGGGAGCAAAGUAUAACUUCGUCCGAAGGAAUUUUAAGUGAUUGUUUUGAAAACGAUUGUUAUUUAUUGUUGGUUUGUUUGUUUUAUCAGAAGCGGUUAACAACAAUAUUUCUGAUACAUACAUCAGACUAACACUUCAUAUUUGUAACAGAUUAAUUAUUUACCCACACCAGUAUGUCGUCAAGUAAUUUAAACGCCAAAAUUCCAAAAUGGGAAGCCCGUGCACGACUACUUCUUUGCGUUUUUGGCUUGGUUCUUUCGGUGUAUGCAUUGCACGUUGAAUUAUCCAGAGAGAGAAACCCCGAGUACCGAGCAAUGUGCGAUUUAGGGGAGUCAGUGAGCUGCUCCAAGGUUUUUACUUCCAGAUGGGGUCGCGGAUUUGGACUGGUCCAGUAUUUUGUUGACAAGGACAGCAUUCUGAACCAACCAAACAGUGUGCUUGGGAUUUUAUUUUACUCACUGCAGCUAGGGCUCGGUCAGUUUGUGUCUACAAGAGCAGCAGUCUGUCUUGUGAUGUCAUCGUGGGUGUCUGUAGUUGGUUCUGUAUAUUUAGCUGGAAUUCUUACGGUGGUUCUAGGAGAUUUCUGUGUAGUAUGCGUAUCAACUUACAUUAUCAACUUUGCUCUUCUCUACACCAAUCUGAAGAGGAAGGUGGCACUGUUUGGAGGAGCUGAGAAAGAGAAGAGGGGCUAAAAAGCUCAAAUCUAUGUUGUGUGUGUGUGUAUUUGUGUACCUGCACAUGUGUGUACCCAAGUACACGCAUGUGCAUACUUGUGUUUGUUUGUAUAAGUAGUACCUUUGUGAAACAGUGUGUUAAAAAAAAAAAUAUUCGAUGUUUUACGAAAAUGUGAGUGAGAUAUAACAUUUUGUAGCAUUUGAUAUUUCUCGAGAAACAGAGGAGUGUUGACGUAUGUAAUAAAACAAAUGACCAUCCAUCAGGUUUGUAAUGCAGAAGAGAAAAGCCUAAUGAUGUUAAAGCCUUGAACAAAAGGGAAGUAAAGCCAUGUUAACCAGAGCCUGUUUAUAUGAUGACCAGUGUUACUGAAGGGACAGAUGAAAGUGUGUGUCUGAUUACGAUGUUACCUCCUCACUGCAGUAUUCUGACAUGAUAUGCUCUUUGAUAGCUGUGUUUUACUUCUCUAGUAGUGCCCCCCCCCCCCCCCCCCCCCCCC